GCCAGAGCGGCCCACGCGGACCUGGCCCCUAGCGGCCCUUGCCGGCCUGGGGCUCCGCUCCAGAGCCGCAGUCUCUCGAUCGCCGUAGGGGAGCCGCUGUCCUAGCGCCGGGACGUUCCGCACCAGUGGCAGCGGCUGGACCCCAGCGCCUCCGAAACCCAGCCUAAAACACUAGCCUGGCCCUGCGUGUUCUCUGGGGGGGUCCCUCCUGCUGCGGAAAGGCUCGGCACGCCCCUCUGCAAUGCAGCCUCCGGAGGCUGGACAGACCCCCCUGAGUAGCCACGUCCGAUUAUCAAAAGCUGCAGUGACAAUUCCUGCGUCACCUUAACGAUAAAAGUAAAUGCUAAUGUAGCUGCACCACCUCUCAGUCGGCACUCUAUAAACAUUUGGCACGGUACUAGCCACCUUAGUAAGACCUCAUCUUCCCUUGGGAGGAGUCCGAUUUCCAGAGUAAAGUGUGACAGGAGUGCACCCUCGCAUUCCUGACCAUCGUUAACUGGAGUUUUCAAUCCAGGAGGGAGCAUUGGCAGUUGCUGGGUAAUCUGAAGACUACUGUGGAGGGUUUGGUGUCAGCCAACUGUCCCAAUGUCUGGUCCAAGUAUGGUGGCCUGGAGCGACUUUGCAGGGACAUGCAGAGCAUUCUGUAUCACGGGCUCAUCCAUGACCAGGUGUGUUGCCACCAGGCGGAUUACUGGCAGUUUGUGAAAGACAUUCGGUGGCUGAGUCCGCCCUCAGCCCUUCAUGUGGAGAAGUUCAUCAACUUGCAUGAGAAUGGCCAGAGCAAUGCUGCCGUGAGUGACCGGGCUGUGGCAGAGCUGUGGCUGCAGCACAGCCUGCAGUACCACUGCCUGUCAGCCCAGCUCCGGCCCCUGCUCGGGGACAGGCAGUACAUCAGGAAAUUCUACACAGAAACUGCUUUCCUGCUAAGUGACGCCCACGUCACAGCCAUGCUCCAGUGCCUGGAAGCAGUGGAACAGAACAAUCCCCGUCUCCUGGCUCAGAUCGAUGCAUCUAUGUUUGCCGGAAAGCACGAGAGCCCACUGCUGGUGACAAAGAGCCAGAGUCUGACAGCUCUGCCUGGUUCCACCUACACCCCUCCAGCCAGCUGUGCUCAGCAGUCCUGCUUCGGGUCCUCCUCUAACCUCCACCAAGCCAUGCCCAGCCACAGCGCAGAGAGAAGAUCCACUUCCUUUUCACAUUCUGGCUCUCCCUGGAAACCUCAAGAAGACAGAGACCUCCCCUCACCAGCCGAGAGUCAAACCGCCCAAGCUCCACUGCUUCCAGACUCGGCUCUAGCCCAGGAUUCCCCACUGACCCCACAUGAGAUGAGUUCCAGCACUCUGACCAGCCCCAUGGAGGCAUCCUGGGUCAGCAGCCAAAAUGACUCCCCAAGCGAUGGCAGCGAGGGGCCCGAGUACCUGGCCAUUGGCAACCCAGACGCGCACGGCCGGACCGCCAGCUGCCAGAGCCGCCACAGCAGCCAUGGCUGCCAAAGCCACAGCAGCUCUCCCUUGUUCUCCUCCAGCAGCUCUCAGAGGCCGGAGUCUGCCGCCUCUUCUUUAGGGGACCAAGAGGCGGGGAGGCAGAGCCAGCCGGGCGGUGUCCUGCGCAGGUCCAGCUUCUCAGAAGGGCAGACGGUCGCCGGCGCCAGCGGCACAAAGAAGAGCCAUAUCCGCUCCCAUUCGGAUACCAACAUUGCCUCCAGAGGAGCCACAGGAGGCCCCAGGAAUAUCACCAUUAUAGUUGAAGAUCCCAUUGCAGAGGGUGGUCAGUACCUGUGCUCGGGAGAAGGCAUGUUUCGAAGACCAUCAGAAGGACAGUCCCUCAUCAGUUACCUCUCCGAGCAAGACUUUGGCAGCUGUGCAGACCUGGAAAAGGAGAAUGCCCACUUCAGCAUCUCAGAGUCCUUGAUUGCCGCCAUCGAGCUGAUGAAAUGCAACAUGAUGAGCCAGUGUCUGGAAGAGGAGGAAGUGGAGGAGGAAGAUCGAGACAGGGAGAUCCAGGAACUGAAGCAGAAGAUCCGCCUGCGGCGCCAGCAGAUCCGCACCAAAAACUUGCUCCCUGCCUACCAGGAGACUGAGCAUGGAAGCUUCCGGGUCACCUCCAGCAGCUCCCAGUUCAGUUCACGUGAUUCUACACAGUUCUCGGACUCUGGCUCUGCUGAUGAUGUUGAUGAGUUUGAAAUCCAAGAUGCUGAUAUCAGGAGGAGUGCGGUCUCAAACGGCAAAGCAUCCAUCUCCCAGAACUUCUCUCAUUGCUUCCUGCACUCCACAUCUGCUGAGGCAGUGGCCAUGGGGCUCCUGAAGCAGUUUGAGGGCAUGCAGCUUCCAGCUGCCUCGGAGCUGGAGUGGCUGGUUCCAGAGCACGAUGCCCCACAGAAGCUCCUGCCUAUCCCCGACUCACUGCCCAUCUCACCGGAUGACGGGCAGCAUGCAGACAUCUACAAGCUGCGUAUCCGUGUGCGUGGCAACCUGGAGUGGGCUCCGCCCCGGCCUCAAAUCAUCUUUAAUGUCCAUCCAGCCCCGACGAGGAAGAUUGCCGUGGCCAAGCAGAAUUACCGCUGUGCAGGAUGUGGCAUCCGGACUGACCCUGAUUACAUCAAGCGGCUGCGGUACUGUGAGUACCUGGGCAAGUACUUCUGCCAAUGCUGCCACGAGAAUGCCCAGAUGGUCGUCCCCAGCCGGAUUCUGCGCAAGUGGGACUUCAGCAAGUACUACAUCAGCAACUUCUCCAAGGACCUGCUCCUCAAGAUCUGGAAUGAUCCUCUCUUCAAUGUGCAGGACAUCAACAGCGCCCUCUAUAGGAAGGUCAAGCUGCUCAGUCAGGUCCGGCUGCUUCGGGUUCAGCUGUACCACAUGAAGAACAUGUUUAAGACCUGCCGACUGGCCAAAGAGCUUUUGGAUUCCUUUGACAUAGUUCCAGGCCACCUGACGGAGGACCUCCACCUGUACUCACUGAACGACCUGAUUGCAACCAAGAAGGGGGAACUGGGGCCCCGGCUGGCCGAGCUCACCAGAGCAGGAGCUGCCCACGUCGAGAGAUGCAUGCUGUGUCAAGCCAAGGGCUUCAUCUGUGAGUUCUGCCAGAAUGAGGAUGACGUCAUCUUUCCUUUCGAGCUACAUAAGUGCCGGACCUGUGAAGAGUGUAAAGCGUGUUACCAUAAAGCUUGUUUCAAGUCUGGAAGCUGCCCCCGGUGUGAGCGGCUGCAGGCCCGGCGGGAGUUACUGGCCAAGCAGAGCCUGGAGUCCUACCUGUCUGACUAUGAAGAGGAGCCCACGGAAGCCUUGGCUGUAGAGGCCACCGUCCUGGAGACCACCUGAGGAAUGCACCUCAGCCCUUUGUCUGAGGGGCUGGCUAGAGGCAAACGAUAGAGAACUGAGCCACACCUUCGAGGAAGGUGUGGGGCCUUUUUAAAAUAUAUCGUCAUUGUUUAUGACUUGUCUGCUGUCCAGGUGUAGACAACCUUUCUUGGUUGAUGGGUCCAGUCUGUUGUGACAGAUAUCUGUGAGCAUUGGGUGUUUCCGUCAGGACUGCCACUUGGACUGCCUCUCGUCAGGGGAACGGACAGCGAGACCCAGCUCUUCUGACAUGCUUGGCCUGUUCCACAAGGCUCAGAUCUGGUGACAGCCUCGGCUCAAGGAUCAUUCCCACUCUUGACUUAGUUCCACAGCUUCUGAGCCAGGCCUUUCUCAGUCAAAGAUCUUCACCUUUGCUGCUGAAACAGGAGAAUGGAACUUUCCCUGUCCCAGUCCUGAAAGAGUAAGACUGCGCCCUGAGGCAGGGAAGGGAAUGGGGCUGCACGGUGGUCAUUCUGUCCGACUUAUUAGGCAUUUGGGGGCAGGUAAGAACGGAAUCAUUAUUGUUCUAGACUCCUCAGAGACCUCGGGAGGCGAGCAUGACUUCCCUGUUUCAGGUAUUCCCGGCAUAGGUGGACACGAGCUGGCUUGUGUCCUCUGAGGGGCCUGAAGCAAAGAACAGAACUGGGUCUUAGGCCAGGCCCAUUUGUAGCCAGCACCACACAACAGUGGGGCUGCAGCUGGUGCCUGAGGAGAUGUUGUUCAGAUACAGGAUGAUGGCCGCCUCUUGGGUGUUGAGACUCUCGGCUGACUAGCUUGAGUGCAGGUGCACUCCAAGCUCAGGCAAGUCCCUCAUGCCAAGCUGAGGCAAGGGUAGAAACUCCACCCACCACCUUAAUGGUGGGCCCCUGACUGCGCUGUAUGACUGUGUGACCACUCUGGUUCUGAGUAAAGGUAUGACCCAACUCCCCUCUCCGUCCCUCCCCCCAGAGCUGGGGCCCUCCCGUUGGCUGAUCUCUUGCCUUAGUUUCUUUUCUCAGAGUUGGGAGAAGCCUGCCCACUUAGGAGCAUUAGCGACCUCAACAGUUUGUGAAUGUUUCUGUUUGCCUUUCUGCUGUUUACGCACCUAACUCCUCAGCCCCGGGGAUGUGUGUUGGCUCAUCUGUUUCCUAUUACUAAUUUUAACAGACUCCUCCAUCAUCACUCAAUGUGCAUUCUAUGGCGUUUCCUAGACUAAGCCAGACACACGUUUGCUGUGGCGGCGUUGGAAUUGCUGCAGCGCCUAACCUCCCUGUGAACACUGGUCAGGGUUGCAUCUCAGAGCCUGGCAGUUGUGUGAACUGAUGUCCACAGUGCUUUUGUUCGGAACUGACUUCCUCCCGCCUGUCUCCCUGUCCCCUUGUACUUGGUUGCUAGUAAAGUAAUUGGCCCGGGCACUGCCCCCGGAAGCCAAACAAUUGCACGUGGGUUGGUGGAUGCUGACAGGUUCUGAGCUGGAGGGAACAGGGGUGUCCCAGAGAGACAGAAGGGAUGCAGGUGUAGCAGCCACACUGAGCUCCAGCAGAGCAAGAGGAACAUGUCAGAACUGGCCCGUGGUGCGGUUCCUCCGCCUCACAUUUGGGAGCUGACACUGGGCCAGAUGACCAGGACUGUUCUCUCAGUUGGCGGUCACACCAAAAGCUGAGGCCAGGGGCAGUUUUGAAGGUCCGGCUAGAAACUCCCCUUCCUUCAAGGAGAUUUAGGAAUGAUCCCUUCAAACUCAAGUGUCACUGAGUCAGACCUCGGAUUCAGACUCUGACUCCAGUUCCAGUCUGUGACUGACUUCCCGUCCAGCUGCUCACUCCAAGUCACCGCACUGGAGGAGACUGCUGCCCGCACUCCCUGUCAGCACAGGCUGCAGCUGACCUCAGCAAUCUCACUGACUCUUCAGUUUCCCCACCCCCACCCCUGUAGAUCACAUAUCUUCUAGUGACCCUGAGGCUGCUGUCAUCACCGUCCAAGUGCGUCUUUAUUUAUUCGGGAGUCGAGGAGAGGGGCAGAGGGGUGUUGUACAAGCACUUUGUCACUUAACAGUAUCUGAGAGUCCCCUGCGGUGGGGAUUCGGAAUGCACUGAAGAGGGCUUGCUCGGAGGUGAGGUGAGGUGAGGCAGAGGGAGCAUCCUCUCUGUACAAAGGGAAGCAUUUACUCCUGAGGUGGAAGCCCCACACUCUGCCCUUAGGAGGCUCUUACCAGCUCCCUCUGCCGAGGGUUGAGAGCUUUUGCUGAACUAACAGAAAAGGAGCAAGGUCUAAAUAAAAACCUCUGUUUGUGUACAACUUGUGUUUUGAACUGGAUUUUCACCUGCUGUAAUUCGUGCGCAUCCUAACAUGGCCAUCUUCAAUAAACUAAGGAAAUUAAGUCUUGCCCUGUA